AUGCCCAAGAUACACAGGUGCCCGCAUUGCUCGCGCGAGUUCAAGCGCCCUGAACACUUGAGACGACAUUGUCGCACUCACACUGGAGACAAGCCGUACGUCUGUCACUGCGGAGCGUGCUUUACCAGGAAUGACCUCCUUCGCCGCCAUGAGAGACUCGCACACACUGGCGACUCUGAAGGUCCUCUAACGUCCAUUGGUGCGACCUCGACUCAGGCUGAAGGGCUUACUAGCCCUCCCGUCACCACAAGCAAUGGCGAUCAAGGAAAUCCAGAAAAUUACAAGCAGACAUUACAAGGCCAAAAUGAGGUUCCAUCGCAGCUUUCCACGCCAUAUUUUACGGAUGAGGUAGAAGAUCAAGACUUGGCUACUUCCCGCCUUGACUUUGAAGCCUUCACCCGGAAUAUGGGCUUAUAUAUUGAUUUAUUUGACCCGACCCUAUUCGAACCCGCUGUGGGAACUACUCGUCAAGAAGCAACGCCUUUGGGACAGGAAGUUCUCCAAGUCAGCCGAGACCCAACUGUAGGGAUGAAGGCAGAUGGCCCAAUGCCUUUCUCAUCAUGCCUUGCCCCCUAUUCUGUACCGACGAGCUUCAACCAAGAUAAUUGUAUUCCGGACUUUAUCCUGGCUCUUGCUGCUCUAGGCGCCCAACAACGAUAUGAAAGACACGUAUCACUCUUGCUAUAUCGUGCUGCCAAAGCCACUGCCCUUAGGCGACUAUAUUCUACCCGAUUGAAUAGCCAAGAAGGAGCUUGUAUGCCCGAGCUUGAUUGGCCAGCCACCAUCGUCCAGUCUGCCAGUACCCUUCUCACACUAAUCGUAUUCGCCUCUUGGUCGGCGAACGCUGAAGUGGUAAAUGAAGCAUUCGAACUUCAUAGCCCUCUUAUAUUCUGGCUGCGACAAGACAGUCGCGUUUACAAAGAUGAGAUAAUGUCACAAGAUUGGUGUACGUGGGCACGUGCAGAAACUCGCAUUCGAAUCAAGCUCAUGGCAUUCUGCUUCUUUAAUCUGCAUACAAUUGCAUAUAAUCACCAGCCAGUUCUCUUGUGGCACGAGGUUAACCUCAAGUUACCCUGCACAGUCAGAGAAUGGCAUGCAACGGAAAGCUUUCAGUGGCUUCUCGCUCGACAAGAGGUCACAAACGAGCAAAGACCCUUCUUAGAAUCACUGGAAGUGCUCUUGAGGUCUGAUACGGGAAUGUCUCAGAUCCAUCCAGCGCCUUCGCCAUUUGGCAACUAUGUGCUUCUUCAUGGACUUCUUCAGCGUAUUCACCUAGUUCGGCAGCUCGCAAUUGCACCGACCCUUCAAGAAGAAGAUGUUACCGAACUACAUAAAGCCCUUUCAAACUGGGCUACGAUCUGGCAGCAAACGUCCGAGUCAAGUCUCAACCCACGAGAUGAGAAUGGCCCUAUCGCUUUCACAUCUGUUGCCCUUCUCGGUCUAGCUCACGUCCGAUUGAAUUUGAACAUUGGGCCUUACCGAGACCUAGCUUGCAGAAUUCCGAACCAAGUUGCUGCAGCUUUAGCAAAGGUUCCCUCUCCAACGCUACAGCAUACCAACAGCGCAAUUUCGGCCCUUCUGUACUCGAUACAUGCGCUCAGCUUACCGGUUGCUAUUGGCAUCGAGUACGUGGUAAAUAGCCAAGCUAUAUUCUGGUGUUGUCAGCACUCACUUGGAAGCCUCGAGUGUGCGAUCUUCCUAAGUAAAUGGCUGUAUGCAAUGUCAGCGACAGAGAAGUCCCAAACCAUGAAUCGUGAGUUCAACUAA